AUGUCACUCAUCAGUAUCCUCAAAGGCAGUCUCCACCUUGCUGGCAUUCUCCAUAGCCCUCCAAUUUCUACUGGAAGAUCUCCUGCCGUCGUCGUUGUUCAUCCCGGUGGUGGCGUUAAGGAGCAAGCCGCCAAUCACUACGCCCAACGUAUUUCCCAGGAGGGAUUCGUGUCAGUCGCAUUCGACGCACUCUAUCAGGGUUCUUCAGAAGGACUUCCUCGUUUUCUUGAAGAUCCCGACUCCAGGACUUCUGAUGUCUCUGCAGUAGUAAGCUAUCUCCAGAGCCUGGACAACGUGGACCCUGAUGCCAUCGCCGUCGUAGGCAUAUGUGCUGGCGGCGGUUAUAGUAUCGCUGCUGCCACUGUCGACCACCGCAUCAAAGCGGUGGCUGCGGUCAGUCUUGUCAACAUUGGUGAUUCCAGUCGUCUAGGAUGGCUGAACAACCUAAACCACUCUGACGCUCUGGCUGUCCUUGAUGAUGCCCAGGCACGACUUCAAGACAUGGCUGUCAGCGGAAACAACACCUUUCUCCCGUACAUCCCAACACCUGCACCGGAUACCCCGCGCGACCUCGUUGAUGCAUAUGACUACUAUCGUACUCCUCGAGGCUACUACAACACCUCUCAGAACAUUAUGCAUGGCUCGUCAACGCCCCUGCUCAUGCGCUUCGAUGCAUGGCAGUGGGUUGAUCGUUACCUCAACCAGCCUACACUCCUAAUUGCCGGAACCGACGCCGACAGCAGAUGGCAGACUGACAAAGUCUUUGAAAGAAUCCAGAAUACGAAUUCUAACGCUACUCGCCUUCUUGUGCCCGGCGGUCGCCACAUGGAUUUCUACGAUCGCGAGGAAUACGUUGGUCCUACUUUAUCCAACAUCACGGCGUUUUUGAAACUUCAUCUUAGUGGAUGA